AUGCUCUAUAUCUGCCCUCAUGACAGGCAUGCCCAUGUGGAAUCCCUACCCUGCGAUGAACAUUCAUGUGGUAUCUCUCUUUGUUGUCGACGCUUACCACCUUCUUGGUGUUCGUUACGGGAAGAUCUCUUGACACGGCCUAUAUAUAAGGAUUGGGUGGAUUGGCGGUGGCCAUACCUCGCCAAUCAUAUACCCCAGCACCGCAACGUCAUGCGAAUCUUCCGGUCGCUCCUGUGCAGUAUACUACUCUGCUUGACGCUUGUUCGAGCAUCGUUGGUUGACGACAUCAUCAACGCUAUCAAGAAUGGUGUGACUUGCGGUGGCUGCCAUAGUCUCCUAGCACCCCUCAAGGUACUUGCGCUGUUGGGCGAUGGACCAUUCGUUGGGACCUUUACGGCCGUCUGCAAGGGACUCACGUCUUUCGACGAUGACGUCUGUGAGGGUGCAGUGAGAACGCAAGCCCCCAUCAUUGCCCACGAUCUCCGUUCUAUCAACCCAUUUGGCCAAACUGCCCGAAAGCUCUGCGACGGCCUGCUCGGUCUCUGUCAACCCCCUGCAGUGAACCAGUACCAAGUGCCGUUCCCCAAGCCACCUCCAGCUACCCCGAAGACCUUCGUCUCGACUGGAAAGACGCCGUUCAAAGUCGUUCAUUUCAGCGACAUCCAUAUUGACAGAAACUACACGGUCGGGGCCGAUACUACAUGCACAAAGCCUAUCUGCUGCAGGCAUUGGAAUGGCGAGCCCGGCCCUGUUGCCAACCCAGCAGGCCCGAUGGGAAGCCGGAACUGUGACACCCCGCCAGCAUUGGCCCAGCAUUUCCUGAAUACUAUUAGCUCUGACAACAAGUUCUCUAUCUUCACGGGAGAUGUCAUCGAAGCAACGGUUUGGCUGGCUGAGCAAGGUUUCAUCAACCACGAAAUCCAGUUGUUCAACAAUGAGAUUGCUACACUGCCAGAUGUCCCCGUCUACGCCGCAGUUGGGAACCACGAAGGGGCCCCGACCAAUGCUUUCCCAAGGAAUACUACCUCCAAGGCGAACAAUCAAUGGCUCUUCGAUACGCUCAUCUCAAUCAACACGGUGUACUGGUACAAGCACAACUACUGGCUUUACGAUAGCGACACGGUUCAACCCGACCCCAACGGUGUCCUCUCCUUUGUCGUAUCGCAGCUACAAGCUGCCGAGGAUGCGGGACAGAGAGCAUGGCUUGUUGGCCACAUCCCUCCUGGCGGAAGGACCGAUGUCAUGAGCGAUCAAAUAGUCCAGCGCUAUCGUCAUGUCAUUGCAGGCCAGUUCUACGGACACAGUCACCAGGACGAAUUCAUGGUCGGGUAUUCGGAUAAUAACAGGCGCAGCGCGGACACCGCUAUCACAGCUGCCCUCAUUGCACCUGCAUUCACCCCUCGAAGCAGCAAUCCCGGCUUCAAGGUCUACGACAUCGACCCCGACACCUACGAAGUCAUGGACUACAAAGUUUAUCGAACUGAUACCACCAGUCCGGACUUCCACAUUGAACCCAAAUGGGAACUUUCUUACUCUGCUCGGGAGACAUAUAGCCGCUACGUUCCGGAUCUCCAGCCCCAGGACUCUCUCAGCCCCGCAUUCUGGCACCGCCUUACAGAAGCUUUCGAAAACGACGACUCUGCAUUCGAGACGUACCUGGGCUUCAAGCGAGGACCUGGUGUCGAGACGGCUUCAUGCGAUGCUCAGUGCCGCAGGAACACCAUCUGCGACAUCCGUGCUCUGAAGGUCGAGCAUCUUUGCACUCCUUCGAGCCCGGGUCUCAACUUCCGACGCAGCCUCGAAGGCCAUGCAACCCAUGAUCAUGGUCAUCACGACGAAUGCGAAGGUCCUGGAAUCAACGCCAUCUUCCAAGCUGCUACGACCGCGACCGACGUCGACUGGGAUGCCCUUCGAAAGGAGCUCGAGGCCAUCAUCCCUGCUUCUGCUUGA